AUGGAGCUGCAAGAGGUGGAGAAGAAAGCAAAGGAAGAAGGUAAGGUGAGCGCAACCCUAGAAACUGAAAAGGAGGAGGAAGAGCAAUCUGAUUCAAAGAAAGAGAAAAGUCAACAGMCGCAAGUACCAUUUCCGAAUAGGGUAAAGCAACACAAUUUGGAAAAGGAAUUCGGUAAGUUUCUUGAAAUUUUUAAGAGUUUACAUAUUAGCAUUCCUUUUGCAUAUGCUUUAGCCCAGAUGCCACACUAUGCAAAGUUCCUGAAGGAGAUAUUAGCAAACAAAAGGAAACUGGGAGAUGUGGCUACAGUUGCACUGAAUGAAGAAUGCUCAGUAAUCCUCCUCAACAAGCUGCAUCGGAAACUGAAAGAUCCAGGGAGUUUCACUAUUCCUUGCACUAUAGGCAGUUUGAAAAUUAAUAAGGCAUUGUGUGAUUUAGGAGCUAGUAUAAAUUUGAUGUCAUAUUCGGUUUUUAAGAAAUUGGGGUUGGGUGAACCCCAACCCACUAGAGUUGCAUUGCAGUUAGCUGAUAGGUUCAUCAAGCAUCCUAGGGGAAUCAUAGAAGAUGCAAUUGUUAAAGUUGAUAAAUUCAUUUUUUCAGUAGAUUUCAUAGUGUUAGACAUGGAAGAGGACGUUGAUGUCCUGCUUAUCCUAAGGCAACCCAUCCUAGCUACAGGAAAGGCAAUGGUUGAUGUCCAAAAAGGACAACUCAGCUUUAAGAUUCAAGAUGAGGAAUUAACUUUUAAAAUGUCUAAUGCUAUAAAGCAUGCAUCUUCUAGUGAUGAUUCCUGUUGUAUGAUAGAUGUCAUUGAUUAUGCGGUUGGUGGAUGUUUUCAGGUCAACGGUCAGCACCUCAAACAAUAUAUAGCGGAUGGAGCAUUGCCUACCCCAUCAACUGUGUACCUAGAUGUUCAUUGA